CGAUGAUCGACCGCAGGAUCUCCAAGAUGAUGGGGAUAUAGGACAAGGGAAAGAAAACAGGCAGUAAAUCACACGGAUGCAGGGAUAUGACAGUCCAGACGAAACGACAACAGGCGCGAGAACAGAAAGCAGGGAUGCCAGGGAAAAGAAAAUCCAGUCAGUCCUACCUUCGCGGUACACCAUACGACGCUCCUGGCCAUUGUGCGGAUUAAAAUUAUGACUAUGGUUAUAGCUCUGACGAUUAUUAGGCUGCUUUAUUUCCGCCUCCAUACUGGGCCGCUUCGCCGUACCACGACCGGUCUGUGAUACGUGAUACCCGCUGCUCUCCGGUCGAAAUGGCGCAUACACGGUCUGGGGGGCGUAGGACAUCGAAGUGGCGGGCAUCGACGAGGGCUGGGGGUAGUGGUAAGCGGCCGACGGUCGCGGCAUCUUAAUUUCACCGCGACUGUAUGGAUCCAGGUAGCUUCGAGCCGGAGGGGGAGGAGCAGCCCCGUACGGACGCGGCGGCGGCGGAGCAAUACGAGGGUCGUGCGAUGUGCCCAGCAGAGAGGGAUGAGGAUGAUACACAGGAUGAGGUGGGUAUUUGUGGUAAUUCAUCAUCAUCUUGGGUGGGCGGAUUUCGGUUGCUGAAUAUUGGAUCGAGCAUAAAAAAAUCUGGCGAUUUCGUUCGGGCGUCAGAGGGGGGGAGAAAAAAAAAAUAUCACGAAAUGGCGGUGGAAGUUCAGGUCGCAAGUGGGCGGCAGCAGCAGCUAGUUUUGACAACAAUCACCCGGCGACAAACACGACUCCGACUGACGGGAAUCCCAGGCGACGGUCCAGGAUGUGGAGUGGGAGACGGAUUUUGGCGGAAGAGGGCGAGAUUGGAGAAGAUGAAGAUGCGACAAUCCCCAAGAGAGCAGGGAGGAGAGAUGUGGAGAGAAAGAGGAAGAGAAGGCAGAGGGAAAAGAACGGAAAAGAAAAAAGCAAAAUCCAGAAAAACAAGCGCCAGAGGAACGGUGAGCGAUGGAGAAAACGAGAGGGACAUGCGACAGUCUGUCGGAAGCAGACGGGCCAAUCAGGGGACUGCAGCGCUGCUAGUUCGCUGGAUUCGCGACGACGGGGCCGCCGGGGCAGCGGGGAAAGUGGUGGAUCCCUGGCAUUUGAUGGAUUCAUUCAUUCAUUCAUCAUGCAUCCUGGUUCGCUCUGGUUACCACCACGGCAAGAUGGCCUGGAUCCGGGCCACUCCCCUUGUCUGCGGCCUCAAAGAAAAAGUCCUAGUCGGUAGAAACCCUGAAAACCGGCCCCCGUCGACUGCCGAUGCCCAAUGGAACACCAAUUGGCAUGUCUCGACCUGAUAUCACCUUUGGCGUUGGGCGCAGAACCAUCGACAUGCCGCCCGGCUGGCAUGCAUCGGCGACGUGUCAUGCGGUCAUCACUCGUCCUGCACCAGGCUUUCUUUAACUUCUUUAACUUCCUGGCCCUUCCUCACUACCGCUGACCCUCUGAAUUAAGGUACACGGCCGGUUGGCCUUGUUACAGUUUAGAGUCUACACAAUCUCCCGUGCCAGUGGUCAUCCAGACCCAUGAUUUCUUUCCCUUUCACGAACAAACCUGGAAUGAAGAUCUCGACCCGACGGAAUCCCCACCUUCCAGCGCAGAUUGCCGAUCGUGCCAGGCACCGCCGUCUGUACCACCGUCGCACCGCUCGGGCAGGAUCGUUAUUUCCUGUUGGUCGAAUAUCCCAUAGUAAUACAGAGUAGAUUAACAACUUGAAGAAAAGAAGGAGAGAUAGACUCCAAAAGAACGAAGGAAAAAAGAAAAAAAUAAAACAACUUCAAG